AUGUUGAUUUUAUCAUCGUUGUUUUCUAGCCAUUUAUGGGAAACAGUGGUGAAUCCAUUUGCUGCUGUGUGUAAUCAGCGACGGCCUCAUAUCACUACUGUGCAGCAGUACUAUCGAUUAUUUCGAAAGGACAGUGAACCGCUUAUUCUAGGUGGUACUGUUUGGGAAAAUCAAGAUUUGGGAAGAGGCCUAUAUACAGUGACCGAUGAUUUGAAUGUCGUUCCUGGAGCACGUCUUACUGUCUCACCGGGAACCGUACUGCAGUUCAACAACGGUGUCGGUAUGCUUGUUCAGGGAGAACUAGCGCGGACGGAUUUACACACGUCGGAUGAAAUGGUCAAAUUCACAAGUGCGCCGUUCGUUCUGCCCCAUCCUCCAAAUAUCCGCCUUGUUGAUGACAAUGACAACACUGAGGUUCUUGCUGGUCGUCUGGAAGUGAAUAUUGACGGUCAGUGGGGUACAGUCUGUAAUAGGAGUUGGACGCAACACCUGGCACUGUUGGCUUGCAAUCAGCUUGGUCUUAUAACGGAUCCAGAAAGUUUUGAGAACUGGCGUAUAUAUCCAUCGCAAGGCGAUCUUCCAAUGCUCAUGGAUAACAUUCGGUGCGAAGAAAGGGAGUACGAUAUUACACGUUGCCGUCAUGAUGGAAUAAUUCACAACAUUGCUGCAUCAUGCGCUGCAACUGAAGUUGUCGGAUUACGAUGUUUGGAGCCCCGCUGGAGUGGAGUACGUUAUUCGCUUCUUGCAAAUCCACCGUCAGUCACUGGGCAAAGCUCCAUGGACAGAUGGAUUAUCGAGAAAGCCGGCCUUUUUGAUUUUCGAAUCCCGGUUUUUAGCCCGGCAUUGCAAAUUGAUUGGAAUUAUCAUACAUUUCAAAAUCUGUAUAUUAGAGACAAUUUCUGGAACGGUAUCGAUGUAGUGUAUAACGAUUUGACUAGAAAACCAACACUUGGAGCAAGCCGGUUUGAAAAUAAUCGUCGGCAUGGAUUCAAAAUACGCUCACCGGGAAUGACUAUUGAAAAUGUGGUAAUCACGGGUAACGGGCAGUCUGGUAUUCGGUACAAGCCGCUUGUGUCGAGAGAGCUGCAAAGAGAUAUAGUGACUUGGCUGGAACGACGCGAACAGCCGGAACUGGAGGCGAACAACGUAGUUGUUAUACCAAAUCGAAACAUUGAGAGAUUGACUGUUUACGAGUCACAUCUCAACCAACGAAAAUUCCUCGUUGCCAAAGCCACUCCGGAUUGUCCACUUGCUCUUCUCGAUCCAUGCAUUCACGAAAUAUCGUUGUUUGCUAGUGGAUACGAAUAUGGUUUGAGCGCUCGAAUAGCCGUACAAGUUAGUUGUUGA